GUGGCCAUGCUCUGUUCCUCUCUAAGCGUCUUCUUUCGCCUCGUCACCCGCAGAAGCACCGGCAUUUCCGUCUCCCUCCGCCUCGCCAAACCUCUCUCGUCCUUCUCCACGAAGUCAUUGCUAGCCCCUGCAGCAAUUCCGUCUUUCGGUCCUCGGGAUCUCCGGUAGGCCCGCUUCCCCUGCUCCGUCGCGCAGCCCUCGCGGGCGUUGCCUCUGCACCGUAGACACGCCUCUGAGAUGGCCUCCACCGAGUGCGCGGCGUCCAUCCGUGAAUUCACCAUCAAGGGAGGAUACAGUCAAUCAUUCAUCAUCCGACCUAUGUCCUUCAAGCAGCGAAGACCGGAAGAAAAAUACAAAUGCUACCCCUCAUCGGGUCCAAACCUAUAUGUUGUCUCCACCCUUAUCGCCGACAAAAGGAUGCCAAGGGAAAUGGCGUUGAUCUCAGCACUUACAAGGGGAAGGUUUUGCAGAUCGUCAAUGUAGCAUCCCGAUGUGAAUUGACCAACUCAAAUUACAUGGAGCUGAGUCAGCUGUAUGAGAAGUACAAGCGCAACGAUUUCGAAAUUCUGACCUUCCCAUGCAUUCAGUUGAAUUCGCCUGCACUCAUUUUAAAGCCGGUUUCCCAAUCUUCGAGGUUGAUGUAAAUGGUGAUAAUGCUGCGCUUAUUUACAAGUUCUUGAUGUCCAACAAAGGUGGCAUCCUCGGGGAUAGCAUCAAGUGGAACUUCGCUAAGUUCUUGAUCGACAAAGAUGGCCAUGUGGUGAUGUCACGGACAAAAUUGUAGACGGGAUGUUCGAUGUAAUACUUAUGUAUAUCCGUAUCUUUCGGUUUUGUUUAUGCUUUGCACAACAUAUAAAGGAUUGACAAUAGGCUUAGCUGGCCCAUUUUCUUUGGUUUUGGUGAUCGUCUUAGGCUUACGAACAAAGAUUGUAUCAUGUGAACACUUAUGGGGAUUUUGAUCUGUAAUGGAUCAUUUUGAACCCUUUGUUAUGCGACCGUUCAGAGCUUGUAAAGACUGUUUGUAAUUUGUAUCGACUAUGAAGUGUUUACUAAAAUGAUUACUUAUAGAUCCCGA